AUGACGCAAUUGAAUGAACCUCGAAACAGAGGUUUGGGAACCCUUCAUGUUAUUCCGGAUGAUAUAUUUUCAGAACAUGUUUUGACCAAAUUAUCCGAUCAGGAUUUAGCUCAUUGUGCUCGAGUAUCCCGUUUUUUUUACGUAUUUUCGCGCGAUGAUCAGCUCUGGAAAAAGCAUUGCUUGGAUAAAUGGGGUAGCGAUCAUGGAGUCAUGCAAAAUUUUAUGUAUCGUGGAACUUGGUUGCUUACUUAUUUAUUCCCAACCAUGUUGAACGAAAUUGACGAGGCAAAGGUUUGGGCACAUCCAUUAUGUCGACUUUUACAAUUUCCUGAAAUUACGAGUCAUUACCUAUAUGCAAAAUGGUGUCGUUGUAAUAUGUUUCUUGGCAAAUUUGUACCGACACAAAAUUCUUCAUCAGACUCGAAAAUUUCUAUAGAAAAUGGAAUGGAAUUGACAAAAGAAAAGUUUGAGAAUUUAUAUGAUGCACAGUCAGUUCCAGCUUUGAUAAGAAAUGAUGGUUAUGGUAAGACCAUAUUCCGAGUAGCUAAUGAAAGAGGAGGAAGACAUCGAUAUCUACCGAUGUCCUUAGAAUCAUAUGUACGCUAUAUACGUUUACAACAUGACGAAACACCUUUAUAUAUUUUUGAUGCUAGCUUCGCUGAUAAAGAGCCGGAAAUGGCCGAUGCAUACGAAGUGCCAAAGUAUUUCAAAGAUGAUUUUUUUUCUGUUUUAUCGGAUAAAAGACCGCCAUAUCGAUGGGUUAUAAUCGGUCCUGCAAGGUCAGGUGCGUCUUGGCAUGUUGAUCCCGCUGGAACAUCAGCUUGGAAUAUAACCAUCGAAGGAAGGAAACGUUGGGCAUUGUAUCCACCACACAUUUUUCCUCCAGGGUUAAGCGUAUCUCGAACUGGUAAUAACGGUCAUCAGUCACUAUAUAAUACUGAUAUACUUGAUAAUGCAAAGGAUUCAGCAACUUCUUUAUUUUGGUUCCUUGAAGUUUAUCCUCAAUUACCACCGGAAAUGCGACCACUCGAGAUUAUACAAGAACCCGGGCAAACAAUUUUCAUUCCAAGUGGUUGGUGGCAUAUGGUCAUUAAUAUUGACGAUACCGUUGCAGUUACUCAAAACUUUGUCAAUAUUCAUAACCUUGAACAUAUGUGGGAAACUUUUCAUGAAAAAAUGCUAAAAACUUACCCUUAUCUUGAACCAUUUAUUGCGCGUAAAGUCUCUAUAUUUUCAGAUACAACUGAUGAUCCGGUUAUAAAAGAGGAAGGAUUUACUUCCAGAAUGGAUUUUCUUGAGGGAUUCCGAGAUAUAAAUUAUUGGCAUCCUAGAGUAAUUGAUAUAUUGGAAAGAUGUUCGUUAGAUAAAAAUGUUCCGAUAGAAGUUAUUUCACACGGACAGAAUCCAGUUUUCCGAAGUCCUACAGCAAUAAUAAAAUUUUAUUCUCAUAUAUUUAAUGGAGUCAAAACUUUUAACGCCGAAAUUCAGACUUAUUCUAUAAUUACUGAUCAUAUUCCCGAGAGAUAUAAAGGAUAUUUCUCGAAAAUUUUAGGGUCAGGUUAUUUAUUUAAUGAAAGCAUCGAAAGAAAUUAUAGAUGGCCUUACAUUGUAUUUGAAUCCGCCACUGAUGGUGGAAUAAGUCUCGCUGAAGUUAUUGCUGGAGGUGGUUCGAGUCCGAGUAAUGAAGUGAUCGACUUUUCUGUUGAAAUACUUCAUGCUUUACAUAGUUUACCAUCCGCUUGUAUUCCGGAAAAUACGAAGGGAACAACGCCUGAACAUCCAUUUCAUCAAUUUAUUCAACUUCAAAUAUCACGGGCAUCUAAAGUUCAUUCUGGAUGGUUGAUAUUUCCACUUCAUUUAAUUUCACAAAUUUCCUCAUAUUUACCAUCUUCAUCGUAUGAAUUGCAUAAUUCGGAACUUGAUGGACCACUAGCAGGUAUCUUACAUGGUGAUUUGAAUGCCGAAAAUAUAUUAGGUGUCGUUUUACCCUCCGCGGAUUCUUCAAACAACCUUGACCAUAAUAAUCAAGAGCAUCGUAAUAAUUGUUCAGAAGAUGAUGAUGACGAUGAACUAUUGGGUUAUUGGACACCUACGACGAUCAUCGAUUUUGGUGAUUCGCAAGUAUAUGGAGGUGAUCCAUUGUUCGAUUUGAUACCAAUUUAUAUUUCAGUAUUAAGAUGUUCAAAAUUAUUGUUGAAGGGAUUCAUAGAAAAAUAUAAUAAUGAAAUCGGAGGUAAACAAAAAAUAUCGUUAAGAAUGUUUAAAAGAAGAGCAAUGUGGUACACUUUAUUAUGGGAAUUUGAAGGAGCUGUGAGGUAUUUAAUUGGUCAUUUUCCUAAUGUUAGAGAAUGUAAAAAUUGGGAAGAAGUUGAAGAUUUGGUGUGGGGAAUUGAAUAA